UACCAUCGAUGACUAACUUAAGAGGACGUAAUUAAUGUGAUUUUGUUAAUAAUUGUCUUCAGUUUGUAAUCAAUUGAUUCAACAUUUUUGAUGAACUUUUAGCCGAUUUAUCAAUCGAUGCGUUGAAUCGGUUCAUCAAAUGGUCGCAUAACUGGUCGCCAACUAAGACAACACCGCAAUAAUUGUAUGUGAAGUACUCGUGAGUGACAGCUAUGGACAUGUCAUCACAUAAGCUGGUGCUCAAUGAAGAGCUCCUCAAAACACUGGACGAUCACAAGCGACACAUAUUUGUCUUUGAAUGGCUCCGAUCUCUGGAUCAGUCAUUAAGUGGAGUACAAAAGAAUGACAUCAAAGAAUGUCAGAAGGAACUGAUGAACCAGUUAUUAGUCCGCAUUCAAGAGCCAACCGGUCCGCCCACACGUCGACUUGUGGCCCGAUGUUUGGCCACUUUGUUUUCAGUUGGCGACACUUUCCUCUUGUUUGAAGCCAUUAAUAAGUGCAACGAUAUUCUGAAGAAUAAAGAUGAUUCUCCAUCAUAUCAACCGAUAAGACUAGCUGCCAUUACUUGUUUGGGAACAAUGUAUGAAAAGUUAGGUCGUCUGAUGGGUCGUUCAUAUGAAGACACGGUUCAACUGUUACUGAAAUCUAUAAAGAAUGCUGAGUCACAAACUCGAUCUGAGAUAUAUUUGACACUUGAAAAAAUAGUGUCAGGAAUGGGAAGUGCGGCAAAUUCAGUGCACCGGGAGAUAUACAAACACAUAAAGUCAGGAAUGACCGAUCGGGCAAUGAUUGUUAGGAGUAGUGCCGCUAAAUGUUUGCACAAAAUGUUAAGUUGUGCGCCUUUUCUCUAUACAACUGAAUUGGAAAAUGUCUUCUCAUUAUGUUUCCGAUCUCUCGAUGGCUCUAAUUAUGAAGUCCGAUGUGCUGUGUCUCUAGUUUUAGGUACUUUAGUUGCUCAGACACAACAGCCACCGUCACAACUAAUGUCACAGCAAACUACAAAAACACGUAUCGUUUCAUUAGAAGAAGCAUUAAAUCUGUUAGCGUCAGGUUUUUUACGCGGAGGUAUCGGUUCAUUGAAAAGUGCCGGAGAAAUGAUUAAAGGAGUAACAGUUAGCCGAGAAACUCGAGUAGGUGUUACUCAUGGAUAUGUAGUGUUGGUAUCAGUAAUGGGCUCAUCAUGGCUUGAAAGACAUUUAUUGCAGUUUUUAACGCAUUUACUCGAUUUAUUGGCUAAUCCUAAAACCAGUUCAACACAUAUGGAAGCAGUCGCUAGCCGUAAAUGUGUGGCAUUUGUUUUGAGAUCAGUUUUGGGACGACAACUGAGCGAAAAGGCUCAGUUACAGGCUAUCAAAGAGUUGACUAAUAUAUUGAAUCGAUAUUUAAAUGCUAACAUAAAUGAUUCAAAUGGUGACAAAAGUACAAAUAAUUCAAGUGCUGCGGCAAAUGCCGUCAAAGAUUCACUUCAAGUCGAUAUUCAACUCAUACAACAUGUAUUGGUUUGUGCUCUUCUUGAAAUUGGUUGUCUUAUCAAAAGUUUAAGCACUUCCUGUAUAACUGUAGUAACGGAUACACAUUUAUCUCUUAUUGAUACGAUUGCAUCUAUUGUUGUCCACCCAUCAAGUUGUGCCCGAUUGUCGGCCGCGUGGUGUUUAAGAUGCAUAGCAGUUGCCGCUCCUUCACAAUUGACACCACUUAUUGAACGAUCACUAGAAAGACUUGAAACUCUUAAGUCAAAUCCAGAGACAAUUAGUGGUUAUUCUUGUGCUUUGUCUGCACUUUUAGGUGCCGUAUGUCAAACUCCUUUAGGUAUUCCUCACAAUAAGGGGAAACUCAUAUUUAACAUUGCAGAAGAUUUAUUGAGGAGUGCGUCACAAAACAGUCGUUUAUCUCUUCAAAGGACACAAGCGGGUUGGCAGCUGAUCGGCUCUAUUAUGACAUUAGGACCGCCUGUUAUUAAAGGAUUAUUACCACGUCUUCUUUUAUUAUGGAAGAACUCAUUUCCGCGUUCAUCUAAAGAACUUGAGUCUGAGAAAGCACGCGGCGAUGCAUUCACGUGGCAGAUAACUCUUGAAAAUAGAGCCGGUGCUCUGGCAGCCAUGUCUAGCUUUUUGGCACAUUGCGACAAAUUAGCCACAGAUGAAGUCAAACGCCGAUUAUUGACGCCAAUUGAGUCGGCAUUUACUAUGUUGGCUGCUUUGAGUGUAGUUUUUAAAAGCUAUGGAACUGCUGUUAAGGCCAGUGCAGCGAUGGUUAGACUCAGACUUUACGAGACUUUACUACUAUUGCCUCCUCAAUCGUAUGACAAUUGCUAUACAAACUUAUUGAGACUAUUAGUGUCAGAGUUUACUUUAACCGAAAAUGUGGCCAAUACUACCAGUUCUUUAUUACGAAGUUUUUGUCAUUCAGAUGACGAUACCAUACUUGGCUCAUGGCUUCAAGAAACUGAUCACAAAGCUAUUGAAGAUCAGAUGGAACCAAACAGAAAAUUGGAUAAAGAGUUUUUGCAAUCAAACAGUUCAUCCAGUUCUGGAGCCAUCGAACACGACACGACACAUCUUUAUAGAUUAUUAUCCAAUAAGAGUGUAGUACCGGAUCCAUAUCCAUUAGGUGUUGCUGUUAUAGACAAGUCUGCACUUGUAUUUUCUGCCGUAUUUCCAUUYGUGGCAAACAAACAUCGUAUCCAAAUGUUGAACCAUUUCAAUGAGUGUAUAAAACACGCCAAAGCCGCGCGUCAAGAAGCCGUCCAAAUCAAUAUUCUUACAGCCAUUUUGGGAGCUCUUAAAGUUUUGGCUGAAUCUAAAAUGAGUUUAGGAACCGAUGAAGUCAAGAGACUUAUUGUUAAUUUUAUAUUAAACACAAUGAGUCACUCAAAUCCAUUGUUAAGAUGUGCAUCGGCUGAAGCUUUGGGUCGUUGCGGACAAAUCAUGAAUGACGGGAGGUUUGUGGCGGAAAUGGCUCAACAAUGCUUUGAUAAGUUGAAGAGUGCCAGAGACGCAUUGUCUCGGACCGGACACUCUUUAGCAUUGGGUUGUAUUCAUCGAUAUGUUGGUGGACUCGGUUCAAGUCAACACUUGAAUACAGGCAUUUCAAUAUUGUUAGCAUUAGCUCAGGACAACUCCAAUACAACAGUUCAAGUUUGGGCAUUACAUGCGUUAACAUUGAUUGCCGACUCCGGUGGACCAAUGUUUCGCUCAUAUGUUGAGCCAACUCUAUCACAUUGUCUCAAAUUACUGCUAUCAGUACCAAUGUCUUACUGUGAUGUUCAUCAAUGUAUUGGAAAAUGUUUAUCUGCAAUGAUUACCACAAUUGGACCCGAAUUGCAAAGCAACACAAACUCGAUAUGUGCGACACGAUCGACACUUUUGGUUGCCUGUGCUAUAAUGCAAGAACACGACGACUUCUUGGUUCAGGCAGAAGCUAUUGGUUGUCUUCAACAGUUGCAUAUGUUUGCACCAAAACAUGUUAACCUCUCGACAUUGGUUCCAGUUUUAUGUGAAGCCAUACGCAGUUCACAUCUUAUGUUAAGACGUGCAUCAGUGGCCUGUUUGCAUCAACUGUCACAGCGAGAAGCCAAAGAAGUUUCAGAACACGUCUACUUAUGGACUAAGGAUUCUAAGAACGAUAACUUUAAAAAAGUUUUUAAUACUUCACUCUCUGGUGAUCACGGAUUGGCUGGAAUGUUGAUAUCUAUGUUAGACUAUGAAAAAGAUGAAAUAACAAUCAAUAAUAUUCAUAAAAUAAUCCAAAGUUUGGUUCAAACUCUUGGAUCUGAAUAUCUAAGUCAAUGGCUAAAUCUCUGUCGUGAAGUAUUGACAGCUUCUGAUCCUAAUUCGGCUAUUUCUUCACCAGAUAAGGACGUAGAUAUUGAAAAUGAUGAGAUGGUUGAUGUUGAGGAACGGUUUAAGGCUGGAGAAGAACUUUCAACUCAUCCGCCGAUCUCUCCUCGAUGGUUGACCCGAGUCUUUACAACACAAACAUUGUGUCGUAUCAUAAAUUCGUGCGAAAACGCCUCUAAUAGUGAAAUACAUUUUGAUUUAUUAUUAGCGCGAGAGAGACGUGCACUGAGUGGUAGUAAAGAAGAUUUUCUUGCUCUGCAUUUAUCCGAUUUGAUUCGUAUGGCUUUUAUGGCGGCCACCAGUGAUAGUGACGAUUUACGUCUUGAAGGACUAAUAGCAUUACAACUUAUAAUCGACAAGUUUUCAAAAGUACCCGAACCUGAAUUCCCUGAUCAUGUGAUAUUAGAACAAUAUCAGGCACAGGUAGGAGCGGCACUUAGGCCUGCAUUUUCACCCGAUACACCUUCACAUGUAACUGCUAUGGCUUGUCAAGUGUGCAGCGCAUGGAUAGGCAGUGGUGUGGCUCGUGAUCUAAAUGAUUUGCGAAGAGUCAAUCAAUUGUUGGUAUCGUCUUUGACUAAACUUCAAAAGGACUCGAGUUCUCGACUUUACAAUGAGAGCGCCUCUACUAUUGAAAAGUUAGCUAUUCUUAAGGCUUGGGCUGAAGUUUAUGUCGUUUCAAUGGAUCAAAACACGACUUACAAACAAAAUAUUAAUAAUAGCGAAGAUUGUGACAAUAAUAUUGAAAGUUUACUGCAUUUAGUUGAACCAGAAUUGCCAUCACUUAGUAAAUACUGGUUAUCAGCGCUUAGAGAUCACGCGUUAUUGACACUACCGGAAGAGUUUUCAAGUCAAUUGCCUCACGAAGGCGGAGCUUUCUAUACCUCAGACACUAUAGAAAUUGCAAGACCACGAUAUCGGGCCUCGUGGCCACCUAUACUACAUGCGGCCGCUUUAUGGCUCUGUAGUAAUGGCUUUAAAAGUGACUGCGAAACUAACUUUAACGAAGAGCGCUUUCACUUACUAUUUGGUAUAUGUAUGGAAGCGCUAUGUAAUCCACGGUCAUCUGAACCAUUAUCUUAUGUAUUGGUUUGUCUUAAAUCGCUUCAACAACUUCUAUGUCAUCCCUAUCCAGAGUCGCUCUUAGGCAAAGACCAUCAGUUAUCUAUUGAAUUGUCUAAUGUUUUGCAUCGAUUGCUUCUCACUCGCGAAACAUCUGAAUGUCAACUAUUGAUCUUAAAUAUCGCCCAAAUAGUAACACAAUCACAACUCAAUCAUUUAGAAAAUGAGAAAAAGAAAAUACUCCGAGAGUUAGCACCGGCUAAUCAAGAACCACACAAUAGUGAUAAAGUUUUGGCUAAUUUAGGCGAAGGCACAGAAUCGGGUGAUAUUAUUCCCGGACAGUCACUUGUAUACGCUUUGCUUGAAGUAUGUCUUUGUGUAUUAGUCCGACAAAUGCCACAAUUAAGUCCAGUUUUAGCCAAUACACCCGGACUGGCAGUGAUUGUACAGAAAAAUAAUUUAAGACUAACUGAUGAAUCAACUGAAUUAAUUGGUCGAUCACUACAAAUACUUUGUGAUUUACCAAUGCUUUGUUCACCUAAAGGAAGUACUAUUAUUUUACCAUCGAUUCUCUAUUUGGUUACCGGAGUCUUAAAGGAAUCGGCGACUCAAUUAAACGGAGAGUUUAUUGAUAAUCAACCCAUAACUUCAGUAUUCAAUUGUUUGCGAACAUUGAGUUCAUCUUCUUUAACCAAAAAUAGUAUUUGUAGUCAAAAGUGGACCGAAUUAUUGCAAAGCACUUUAGCUGUGAUUCUUGAUUUAUGUAAGACAAGUCAUACGGAUGAGCCUAAACCAGACGACAUAAUCACUCUUAUAGCUGUCGGUAUAUUUAUAGUUAAAGCACCGUCAGAUGUAGUACAGGUGCCAAACCUUCAAUAUCCUGCUAUUAAUCUACUGAAGCAGUCUCUGCAAAGUGACCGCAAGAUUGUUCAAUUGAAAUGUAUUCAAACUAUACGAACUAUUUUUGAACACAACAAUCAUAACGUGUCCGUACCGUACAUACAUAUCCUCGCGCCCCGAAUGAUAGAGUUGCUCAACAAUUUGGUUAAACAAAUUAAAUUAAUCACUUGUGUCAGUCAAAUGGAGUCGCAAAUUAUUCUUGAGUUAUUUGCAUCAUUGGAAGUGCUUUUAGAAAUAGCAUCAAAUGAUAAAAAGGCAAACAUUUUAAACAUAUAUUUACCAUUAAUGUUGAAUAUUCUAUCCGAUGAUAACAUAAGUCGAUUGAAGGAAUAUCGUCGAACUCUCCAUAAUUAUGCGCUUCAAAAGUUAACAUCAAUUGGACCAAAAUAUCCUCAAGAAUUUCGACAAGUGAUUGGUUCGGUUCCACAGUUUAGGAAUAGUCUUGAAAAUGCUAUCAGAAAUCAACAAAAGAGCGAAAACAAUGUUCAAAAUCCUACAGAAAGUAUUUCGGUAUACAAAGAGACUAAAGCGUCCAUCAAAUUAAAAGUUGAUUUUAGUAAUUAUACGGACAGUUAGUUUUUGUCAGUUUGAUUGUUACGGUAUACGUAUUUGCUAUUAAUAUUUUCAUU